AUGACCGUGUCAGGAACGGUGGCUCCUAUUAAACGAUACAUUUACGUGCUACUGGCACUCGCCACAUCUCUUCUCGUGUGGUCAUCCUCAUCAUCGUUUGUGCAGCAUCACAAACUUAGCGAAUCAGACCAACACUGCAACUGCCAAGCGCCGCUGCAAGAUGAGGCAAAUAUCAAGUCCAAAAUAGUUCCCACUCUUGGCGGGCUCCCUGGCCUUUUGAUCCCCUUUGAUCUCGAGUUUGACAAAUACAUGGAACGACACAAACGGGCACUUCUCGACAUUGGAUCACACUCUUGGAUUAUUGCUGAUUUGGAUGUCGGCGGCGGUUUAGGAAACCGUUUGCCUGGCCUCGUCAAUGGAGUACUCCUAGCGCUAUUGACCAACCGAACACUUCUUAUUAGGUAUCCUGACUACAUUCGUCGUAUGUGGGACUUUGCUGUCGACUUUGAUCUUGAGAACUACCAGAUUCCCGGAGAACUUUUUUCAGUGAUGGAGGAUAUGAAUCGAACAUUGAUCGCCGUAUCCAUCACUGAAGAUUUCGCUACCUACUUUGACCAGGCGAGGCCGUGGAUGGUUCAAGGCUGGAACUAUAACGCGCCGUUCUUGCAAGCCAAUCCUCAUUACCGUGACAGAAUAAAGCAGCUAUUCCCGGACGGAAGAGUUAGUCAUCACAUACUACGGCGAGCCAUCAGACUCAACAACGGAUUGUCUGCAAGACUGGCAGAGUACACGAAAAGCAAGUUCAGACCGUAUACGAUUGGCAUCCACAUCCGGAGCAUGAAGCUCUCAAACAUUGCUUCAAUGAGAACCUAUGCCACAAUAGCACUCGACCUAGCUGAUGCAUCUGGUCGUCCAUCGCACGAGAUUGGGUUUCAUAUAGCUGCAGAUAGUGAAAGUCUAAGGAAUGAACUCGCACUCUUGCUCGGACAGGAACGAGUGACGUACCUUCCUAUACGUUUAUCUAUGCUUUCGUCUAUUGGGAAUCCAGGAGGUAGCGAUGAGGAGGCAGCCAUGGACUUUGUAGCAUUAGGUUCUGGCGACGCUGUGGUGGCAACAUACGGGUCCAGUUUUGGGCAAUGGGCUGGAGCUUGGAGUGGUCGAAACUAUGUUACCGUCAACCAGCAACUGACUAACUAUUCGAACAAUAAAGAGGUGGCCUUUUGGAAGAGCAUCAAGCCAGAGCCCUGCUCCUUCUUAUCCAAGUGGUUUACCCAGUCUCCCACGGCAGCAAUGUCGCCGCACGUUGGGCUUGUUGCUGAGAGACCAGCUCUCGAAAGAAGAGCAGUUACGGAAGAAGACAGAGAAGCCAAGGCAGUUGCUCUCCUGAUGGCCAGUCCCCAAUAUCUAUCUCAUGCCCAAUGCCACCCACAAGUAUAA